GAGCCGCAGUGAAUCCGGAGGGGCCGGGCUGUGCCCGGGGGCGCUUUUGCACGCGGAGCGGCCACGGGAGCAGGCCUGGUCUCCUGAGAGCACAUUACUUGUUGAAAUUUGAGAAGGGAGGUGUCUUCUCAGAGAGCCUGGCUGGAGGAGACUGAAGUUCAAGGCUAGAAGCCUGAGUGAUUGGCCGAAGAACUGGAUGAUGGCUGCAGAGGUGCCGAGAGUAACCACUCCGCUGAGCCCUUUGGUCCAGGUGCCUCAAGAGGAAGAUGACCAGGAGGAGGAGGUCACCACCAUGAUCCUGGAGGACGACUCCUGGGUGCAGGAAGCUGUGCUGCAGGAAGAUGGCCCUGAGUCCGAGCCCUUUCCCCAGAGUACUGGCAAGGGCAGCCCACGCGAGGAGGUGGCUGGAGGACCACAGGGUGCACUCGGCCGCCUUCGAGAGCUCUGUCGGCGCUGGCUGAGGCCGGAGGUGCACACCAAGGAGCAGAUGCUGACCUUGCUGCCAAGGGAAAUUCAGGCCUGGCUGCAAGAACAUCGGCCCGAAAGCAGCGAGGAGGCAGUGGCCCUGGUGGAAGACUUGACCCAGACCCUUCGGGACAGUGCAUGGGAGAGACAGAGGAGGCUUCUGGCCAGGCAAGGGGUCGCACACGGCCCCGUGAACAGCCAUGGGAUCUGCUGUGCACAUUUCGAGAUCCAGAGUGAAAAUGGAGAGAACUCUAACCACGGCAUAUUUGAGGAUGUGGAAUCACAUGAGAUCUUCUCAGAAAUGCCUGAAGGGGAGGGCAUUCAGCAGUCUGACUGGGAAAGUGACUUUGAGAGAGACUGUGGCUCCAGGGGGCCCCAGGGAGAGGCCCCAGGUGAGGACCAUGGGGAGGCGCCACAGCAGGGCAGGGAAGUCGGACAGCUCAUAGGCCUUCAGGGAACCUACCUGGGUGAGAAGCCCUAUGAAUGUCCCCAGUGUGGGAAAACCUUCAGCCGGAAAUCCCACCUAAUCACACAUGAGCGGACCCACACGGGAGAGAAGUACUACAAAUGUGAAGAAUGUGGAAAAAGCUUUAGUGAUGGUUCAAACUUUAGUAGACACCAAACUACUCACACCGGGGAGAAACCUUAUAAAUGCAGGGAUUGUGGGAAAAGCUUUAGCCGGAGUGCAAACCUCAUAACCCACCAGAGAAUCCACACGGGAGAGAAACCCUUUCAAUGUGCCGAGUGUGGCAAGAGUUUCAGCAGGAGCCCUAAUCUCAUCGCUCAUCAGCGAACCCACACAGGAGAGAAACCGUACUCGUGCCCUGAGUGUGGAAAGAGCUUCGGCAACCGGUCCAGCCUUAAUACACAUCAGGGAAUACACACUGGAGAAAAGCCCUACGAAUGUAAAGAAUGUGGCGAAAGCUUUAGUUACAACUCCAACCUAAUCAGGCACCAGAGAAUCCACACCGGAGAGAAACCAUACAAGUGUCCGGACUGUGGGCAGAGGUUCAGUCAGAGCUCAGCCCUCAUCACCCACCGGAGAACUCACACGGGAGAGAAGCCUUAUCAGUGCAGCGAGUGCGGGAAGAGCUUCAGUCGCAGCUCCAACCUGGCCACACACCGCAGAACCCACAUGGUGGAGAAGCCCUACAAAUGUGGGGAGUGUGGAAAGAGCUUCAGCCAGAGCUCCAGCCUGAUUGCACACCAGGGCAUGCACACGGGCGAGAAACCCUACGAGUGCCUGACGUGUGGGGAGAGCUUCAGCUGGAGCUCCAACCUCAUCAAGCACCAGAGGAUCCACACGGGAGAGAAACCCUACAAAUGCGGCGAAUGUGGGAAAUGCUUCAGCCAGCGCUCCCAGCUGGUGGUGCACCAGAGGACCCACACGGGCGAGAAGCCCUAUAAAUGCCUCAUGUGCGGUAAAAGCUUCAGCCGGGGCUCCAUUCUGGUCAUGCACCAGCGAGCCCACUUGGGAGACAAGCCCUACAGGUGUCCCGAAUGUGGGAAAGGCUUUAGCUGGAAUUCAGUUCUUAUUAUACAUCAGCGAAUCCACACAGGGGAGAAGCCCUACAAAUGCCCCGAGUGUGGCAAAGGCUUUAGCAAUAGCUCCAAUUUUAUUACACAUCAGAGAACUCACAUGAAAGAGAAACUUUAUUGACAUGGCAGAGAGCCAAAGUGAGGGGACUGGCCCAGGAGAGGGAAUUGUCACACUGCCCCAAACAGGAACGUCUCUUUAGAAGAGCUGUUCUUCCUAAAUGCUCUUUGGGGAUUUUUGCCAGAAUCUUACCCCUGCUCAUCCUCAUUUCUAGGAUACCAUCAUCUUAGUGGUUGGAGUCAAACCCCAAGAACAGAGUGUAGGAAUGGAAGGUUGGAAAGUUGGGUCUUUUUCUGUUAAUGUCACAACUUGAUUGGCUCCUUCUCUUCUGAUCCUCUGUGCCUCAGUUUCCUCUUUGGUAGAACAAGGGGGAAGUGUUCUCCAUGUGGAACAGAAGACAGCAUGCCCAUACCCUGGGCUGAGUCCUCAGAGAAAUACAGGGAAUCUAUUGGUUGAUCUGUUGGUUUUGCUGCCACCUGUUGGGCUGAGGUGCCGUCACCCUGCGCUGCUAGCAUUCCAAGCCCCCUGCCCAUGUCAGAACCGGCUCUUCCUGGCUUUGUGUCCUGGGCUUUGAUUUCAGGUCAGGGUGGAGGGGCUUCUCCAAUUGUCAGUCAUCCACGUGAAGGUAAAGCCCUUUUCUAUUUCUAGAAAUUGUCAGGAACACCGAAACACGAGGGAGUGUGGCAUGGAACCAGUGUCCCAGUAACCUUUCCAAUUGAUGGGAAUUGAAACAGGGCCUGCCAGAAAAGGUAUAAAGUGAGGAAAUUCACGUAUUUGCCUUUGUCUCUGCUUACUAUCCUGUGGUAAGUUGGCUGCCAGGGGAACACAGUUCUUGUGGGGUUUCAUGUUUUGAGUGUGAAGAGAAGGCAGAGACCACCAGCUGCAUACCCCUUCUGUCUUAUCAAGGGUGAAAUGGUCCUGCACUCUGCAGGGUGGGCUUGUGUCCUUAGCCCACAGAUACACAGCCCCAUAAUCAUCACUCUAUGCACUUGUCAUUCCCCUGUUCUUAUAUUUUUUAUUUUAUAUAUGCAGAGCUGGAAUUCUGUCUGGUAGCUUUUGUAUACUAAGGACAUGGUUUUUAAGGAAGCGUUGAUUUUAGGACACAUCUGUCCCCUGGAGAGAUUUGGGCUUGAAUCAGGAAUUGCCCUACAGGUCUCACCCUUGAUCUUGAGAUGCUACCAGGGCUUUGUUCUUGGGUCCUUGGGCCUUGAAACAGUAAAGGCAGGGGGAUGACAGCAGGUGAAGGGGUUUGUUAUGAGGGAAGAGGAGAGUAGAUAAUUUUUAUGUAUUUUUAUAGAUGUGAGAAAUGUGAAACCACCACCUCCUACGCAUGGAGCCUGUCCUCAGAAUGGACCUUGGUUCUUAUAGGAUGGAUGCUCAAUAUUGCCUAAUAAAGUAGAGUCCCAUUGUUUUCCUGAGUCUGUCUUUUAACGUGUUAAAAACCUGAACUUGGCUGUAAGCAAACCCACACCUCACUUCCCCUCCCCACCCCCCAACAUCUUGCCCCAGGCUGAAAGUGGUCCAAGACCUUCAGGGAGUAAAAAUCAGUUGCUUCAAGGAACACACCUUCUAGGUGAUCCUAGACCUGUGUGCUUGAUCAGUGCACACACCUUUCCAUUGUCUUGUGCCAACUCUGCAUCCAGUCUGUCACCCAAGACUUGGAGCAGCAGCUUUGGGUAAGGAGCCAGGUGGCCUCCCGUGGAGGCCAUUGGGAAUCACCUCUAUCCAGAAUCAACUAAAUUCGACACGAGGAGGAGGUUUCCAGCCUAGGUGGUGACGGUUCUUUUUGUGUGUGUGUGAAGAAGAUCAGCUGUGAGCUAACAUCCGUGCUAAUCCUCCUCUUUUUUGCUGAGGAAGACCGGCUCUGAGCUAGCAUCUAUUGCCAAUCCUCCUCCUUUUUUUCCCCUUUUCUCCCCAAAGUCCCAGUAGAUAGUUGUAUGUCAUAGUUGCACAGCCUUCUAGUUGCUGUAUGUGGGAUGCGGCCUCAGCAUGGCUGGAGAAGCCGUGCGUCGGUGCGCACCCGGGAUCCGAACCCGGGCCGCCAGCAGCGGAGCGCGCACGCUUAACCGCUAAGCCACGAGGCCGGCCCCCAGUGACGGUUCUUAAGCCAAACCAUGUAGGCUGUGAAAUCCUCAUCAUUAAUCCCAUUUCUUCACUUAUUUGGCAAACAUUUAUUGAGGACUUCUGUCCCAUCACUGUGCUAGGUGCCAGGGAAAGGUUGUGACAAGAAGUCCAUUACCUGUCUUCAUGAAGUUUUCCUAGGAGAAAGAUUCCCAUCUGUCUGGGAAGAUAGAAGAGCUUUCCUACCUGUAAGGGAGAGCGGAUAGGGUGGUUUCUCAGGUGACAUUAAGUUCUGGAAUUUGAAUUGUAGAAGAUAUUGGAUCUGUCUUCUCUUUAAGUCUCAACUUGAGAAAAGAGUUGAUAUUAAGCUUUUGAAACUUAACUUUCUUUUUUUACUCCUCCCUACUUAGUAGAAGCACAAAAUAUCCUGGAAAACAGGAAACAAGAUUAGCUGGAAUUGCAGAAUUAGCCUGGAACCAGGUUGGGAGAAUGACAGAUGUGGUUCUAGAAAGGCUGAGAGUCCAUCACUUCCUGUCCUGCUUUGCCCUUAGUGUGGGUCUGCAGAGACAAGAGGGGUCAGUAUACAGUGACCGUCACAUGGCUCUGUGUUGGAUGGAAGGACGUGGCCUUCUUACCCUAAAAACAUCAAGAAGUCCCAGUCCCCUCAGCAGAUCUACUUCUGCCACAUCUUUACUGGCACCUCAGUUAUGCCUGUGCCUCUGUAACAAAGAUUAUUUCCCCUUAAAUGAACAUGGACUUAGGGACUGAGUUUUUGCUACCAAUUUGUUUCUAAGUUCAUAGGAACAGCCUUGGGACAAUUAAAAACCUACAAUAAAUGGUAAAAAGAAAAAAGCAAUUGCUUUACCCUCACUUGGCCCCCAAGCCUCCUCAGCAAGUCUUUUAUGUGAGUUGGUCACUUCCCUUUCCCAGUUCCCACAAUGGCUGCUGUGUACCCUUUGGCCCCUCUCCUCAGACCCAUGCCAACUCCCAGGCUCGGCUCACCUCUGAGAACCUUUAACCUGUCAGGUGUAGCCUCCCCCAGGCCUAUAAACUUCUCUAGAUUGUGCCCCCUCACUUCCUCGCCUCGGGCUCAGCCUAGAGAUGUGCUUUCCAUCUAACUGAUGUGUCGCUACCUGGAGUUGAGCCUCCGCUUCACUCCAGGGUCAGGACCUUGCUCCACCAGCUGUUUCCUCUCUUGAUCUCCAGGCUGUCCCUCUCUACCGGCUUCUUCCUGCAGCCUACUCACAAGCUGGAGUUCCUGCAGCCUCAACCUUGGCAUGUCCAGAACUCAGCUAUGCCACCUGCCUCCCUUGACCGGGAUGCUGGUCACACAGCUGUAUUUCCUUGUGCCUCCUCGUUGUGAGGAGCACUGCCGUCCACUGGGGUUCACACAACCCAGAAACCUGGAGUCAUCCAAGAUUCCGUCCUUCUUCGCAUGCCUCAGAGCCAUUCGGGAAUGGUUUGGCGUAGUUCAAACCCUUGCCUGACCACCUCGAUAGCCCCCUUACUGGGACCGCAGCCCUCUCCAGCCCUGCCUCCUGCUGCUCCAUCCUCCAUGCUGUCACCAGAGUGAGCAUUCCAAGACACACAGCUGAGCCUGUCACCACCCAGCUUAAACCCCUUGGGGCUCCCCAUCAUCUACAGAAAGGCCGUGCUCCUUGGAGGGCAGAUGAGGCCUUCCAAAUAGGGCCUCUGUGGAACCUGGUCACCACACCUCUGUGCUCCUGCCCAUCCUUGCCCCCUGGCAGCUCCCCCUGAAUGUGCCCCGCGGGGCCUCUCCUCAUCCCCCUGCUCACUCUGCUCCCUUUCGGGAAUGCUGGGCUUCCCUUUCUGCCUAGGGCACACUGCACGUCUUUCAAGACUCAGCCUGGGUACCACCUCCUCCAUGAGGCCUUCCCUGCACUUCUGUGGCAGACUUGACCCUGCUGCCGCACCCCUGUACUCUCCGGCCUCAGUGCCUGUCACUCUCAUUGCAUUGGCCUGUUACACAUCUGUCUCCCCUGCGGAUUCUGCCCCCUUCCUCUUCUAUUUUUCAUGUUCACACCCAUACUGAGGCUCCAGACUCUAUCUCCAGUACCCAACUCAGGUCCUGGCACAUGAUGGGAACUCAGUAAAUAUAUUUGCCCAUUGGGUCUCUUCGUGGAGGUAUAUAUAAAUGCAAGAGGCAGAUGGAACCCAGAAUUCUGACCUGGAAAAUGGAUUAGGUCUCCUACACUUUCCUUUGGUAAGAUGAUAAAUGUAAGUUAGUUUUAACUUCAGUAUUCUCUCAAGUUACCAUUUAUUGGUAUUGGUGACAAUCCCAAUGGAGACAAAGUGGAAGACGUUUAUAAAAACCAACCAACCAGUAUCCUAAUGAAACAACUUAUAUUUUUGAAAUGUCACAGUGAAAAACCAGGCACCUUCUUUAAUGUAGCUGAGUCUGUCGUCCACAAUCUGCUUCUCUUCUGUCUGGGCAAGCGGUGAAACUUGGGAGACUUUGUCUUACUCUUACUCUUUAAUCCCAGGGUAUUCAUAUAACUAAAUCCUGAGACGGUUCCCCUUGUUUUAACCUUUUUAUUGAAAUAUAACACAUCAGUGCACCAAAGUGUACUUGAAUUUUUACAAACUGAACGCACCUGUGUAACUGGCAUCCAGAUCAAGAAUCAACUUAGCAACCCCCAGACGUUCCCCCCAGAACCCCCCCCAGUCAGUACUUUGUCUCCUCCUGGCCCUGUUCUGAAGUUUGGGAUGGAGUGGAUGGAGUGUUGGGAGCAGGACAGACCUGGUUCUAGACAGACUUGUGCCACCAACUACACACCCUCACUUUUAUUAGAGAUUUUACAAUUUGAGGCAGGUCAUAAUGUUACUUCCUCUUUUUUUCCUGCAUUUUCCUUCCCUUUGGAUUGUAUUUAUAGUUUACAAUGAGCCAUAAUGGCUUAUAGUAACACAGUGUACGGAGCAGUUACUAUGCACAGGCACUAUGCCAAGCUCUCUACAUGUGGAUCUCAAUCUUGACAAUCCUGUGAGGUAGGGGAGUGUCCCCACGUCACAGCUGAGGAGGUGGGAGAUCAGAAGAGAGGUUCAGUAAGUACCUUGCCGGCACCUGUGGCUUAACCCCUUCACUCCUGAAGUCAGUUCACUCCACUGCAUUGUUAAAGCCGUGGGAAACUCCUAAAGAACAAAUGGAGAAAACAACAAAACAUUAAAAUAAAAACGAUAUAUUGGCUACUAGUGUUAGUCUUCUCCCUGGCUAGUAUCAAGAUGGUCCACAACUGUAACUGGCCCUUCCUUGCAUGUGACCGGCCGUCACUCUUCCAGCCCUUCAUUCCCGAUGGAGGUCCUGUCUCAUAACCAGGGAGUUCAGGGGCCCAGUAUGCUGGGCCUGCUGCCCCCUCAGUCUCUCAGACAGCCCUGGAGUUUUUCUUUUUUUUUU